CUUCCCCGCUAGGCCGGCGAUUCAUUCAAAAGGCGCGCAGGUUGCGCGGCCGGCCCGGAGCGCUCGCCUAACGGGGCCCGGUGCCGCGUCGGACGCGGAGCGGAGCUGGUGCUGCCGGCCAGGUAAGGAGGGCGCGCUCGGCCCGCAGCCCCGCUCUGCCGCCCCGAGGAAGUUCUCCCGCGCUGCGGAUGCGGCAGCCCCACUCUCCUCCCCUGUCCUGUCCCGUCCCAGCGCCUCCCGCGUGUCCCGGAGCCCCCCGGCUGCGCGUCCUCCCCGCACCCGGCGCUGCGCAGUCUUGUCAGAAGGUGCGCGAGAGGAAGCAGGCGGAACUUGGCGUGCGAGGGGGUCGGUGGAACUCAGGAACUUGGAUUGACACCAGAGCCGGUUGCAGGACGGGACGGCGGCGCCUCGUGGUUCUGAGACGCAGUGACAAUUAAAGACAAAGUAACUGAGGCUCAGAGACCCCCAUUGGCAUCCAAGGUCACAUAGAGUCAGGACAGCGCCAAGACUGGAACUCAAGGCUUCUAACCCUGGGAGGUGUUGGAGAGGAUCACCACCCUCCUGUUUACAAGUGGGGAAACCGAGGCAUGGUGAAGUGUGGUGCAUGAGCCGUCUGCACUGGGUCCCAUAGCUUCCCAGCCAGUGAAGAGCAGAGGAGGACAAGCUUGAGUUCAGUAAUGUUUCCCCGGGGUGCAGAGGGCUUCAGACACAAGUCAAGACCAGCUCUGCCUCUGCGCUUCUCUACCACAGUGUGUUGCUCUGGCCCUCCGUCUCCUCGGUGGCGGUGGCGUAGCUGGGCAGGCUCCUGAAGACAUCUCUUCUCCUCCUCCCCCCAGUGCGGCCCACACCCAGCACAGCACUGGGCAUCGAGGAGGACAGCUUGUGGUCCAUGUCACCCCAGGGCCUGAUGAUGAAGCGGACCUCGCUGUGCUGGCCCCUGUCUUGCCUGUUUGUGCUGCUGCCCUGGCCUCUGGCCACUCCAACAUCAAUAACUCCUUGGCUGUGUCCACCUGGCAAGGAGCCUGACCUGGACCCAGGGAAGGGCGCAUUCUGCCGAACCUGCCCCCCAGGCACCUUCUCCGCCUCAUGGGACUCUCAUCCAUGCCGAUCUCAUGAUCGCUGCAGCCUCCGAAGGAGGUUGGAGGCCCAGGCUGGCUCAGCAACUCAUGAUACAAUGUGUGGAGACUGCCAGCCUGGAUGGUUUGGGCCUCGGGGAGUUCCUUAUGUUCCAUGUCAGCCAUGCUCCAGGGCACCUCCAAGUACUGGUGGCUGUGACGAGUCGGGGCGCCGGGCCCGGCGUGGUGUGGAAGUGGCGGCGGGUGCCAGCGGCCAUGGCGAGCCUCGGCAGUCUGGGAACGGCACCCGGGCGGGCGGUCCUGAGGAGACGGCUGCCCAGUACGCGGUGAUCGCCAUCGUGCCCGUGUUUUGCCUCAUGGGGCUGCUGGGCAUUCUGGUGUGCAACCUGCUGAAGCGCAAGGGCUACCACUGCACGGCCCACAAGGAGGUCGGGCCCAGCCCUGGAGGAGGAGGCAGCGGGAUCAAUCCUGCCUAUAGGACAGAGGAUGCCAACGAGGACACCAUUGGAGUCCUGGUGCGCCUGAUCACAGAGAAGAAAGAGAAUGCAGCGGCCCUGGAGGAGUUGUUGAAAGAAUAUCACAGCAAACAGCUGGUACAGACGAGCCACAGACCUGUACCCAGGCUGCUGCCAGCCUCCCCUAGCAUGCCACACAUCUGCCCACAUCGCCAUCACCUCCACACUGUGCAGGGCCUGGCCUCACUCUCUGGCUCCUGCUGCUCCCGUUGUAGCCAGAAGAAGUGGCCAGAGGUGCUGCUGUCUCCUGAGGCAGCGGCGGCCAGCACUCCUGCCCCCACCCUCCUGCCCAACCCAUCCAGGGCCCCCAAGGCUAGUGCCAAGACAGGACGUCAGGGCGAGAUCACCAUCUUGUCUGUGGGCAGGUUCCGUGUGGCUCGCAUUCCUGAGCAGCGGACCAGUUCAUUGUCAUCUGAGGUGAAGACUAUCACGGAGGCUGGGCCUUCGGGGGGUGAUCUUCCUGACUCCCCACAGCCUGGCCUUCCCCCUGAGCAGCGGGCACUGCUGGGAAGUGGUGGAGGCCAUACUAAGUGGUUGAAGCCCCCAGCAGAGAACAAGGCCGAGGAGAACCGCUAUGUGGUCCGGCUAAGUGAAAGCAACCUGGUCAUCUGAUGGGCUGUCUAGAAUUACAUUCUGCCCUGCCCUGGGAGCUUCUGAAGGCUUCCUGCAGCAGGGAGAGCUACAGCUGGGACUGAGGACCAAGAUGCAAAGGCCUGGCAGACAAAACAGCAAAGGCCACGGCCUGGAGGUGGGAUCGCCCGCCCCAUUGGGGAGGCAGCCUGCGGCACAGCACGUGAGCAGGAGAUCAAGAGCCCACCCCAUCCCUGCAGCCCCAGUUACCAUCCCUGAAGGGUGCCUAACCCUGUGCCUGUCCUGAACACAUCAUAGGAGCCCUCUGUCCCCUAGGAGUUUGGUUGGUGGAGGGGUGGUAUCUGUCCCCAUCCCCAGCUUGUGCCUUGGGAACUAGCCACUCCCCCCACACCCUGGGUCCUGGCCGCCUCCUCUUCUGGCAGGCCCCACAACGGGGAGGGGUAGCCAAGAGCCCUGUGCUGGUGGCAGAGAACCUGGGCCCCAGCUUUUCUGACUGUGAAGUGGGGGAGGAGAGCUCAGUUCCCAGAACCUUUUCAGCUCUUUGCGGGUUCUGGGCUGAGUCCUGUUGGGGGGAGCUUGACCUUGCUACCCUCCCAUUAAUAGCUUUAUCUGGCCUGUUUUUUGCUGCUUCUGGGCCUUGGCCUUCAAGGCUCUCGUGGGACUAUUAUGGCAAUGCCUACAGAAGGGGCUUAUGCAUGUGCCUGCCCCUGCCCUGCUAUUUUUAAUGAAACUGAGGAAUGGCCUGACUUGCACAAGGCUCUGCUGCAGAGCCCCGGGCCAUCCUGCUACCUUCAAACUGCGGGGAGUGGAGGAUGGCGGGCUAGCGUGCCUCUGGUCUGUGGUCUGCGGGUAGCAGGGGUGACUGCCAAUCCAGUCCAUCUUAGUCUCUGCUCUGGCUCAGGACCUGAUUAUUUAUGUGGGGCCGCGCAGGCGCGGGGCCACUGAGCAUCCCACUCUUAUUUAUUGAAACCUGCUGUUGCCCGGUCCCUAAGUCUCCAGCCCCACACACUUGAGUAAUAAAAGGUGGAAAGUGGUGUCAGGAGGCGCUUCCUUUCCCUGUUCCCACCCUGGAAACCUGUUUGCUCACCUCACGCUUCCAGGGGCUCGCCCAGGUGUGCUCCAUAGUGUCCUUCCUCAUCCGCAGGAAGCCAGGGGAACAGGCAGAGGUGGCUUCAUUCUCACCAAGGUCCCCAGAGGCCAGGCUUCCCAAUAGAAAUACAGACUGAGCCGUGUGUGUGUGGUUGAAAGUGUUCUAAUAAUCAUUCCAAAAAGUUUUUUAAAAAGGUAAACUUAAUUUUAAUAUUUUAACCCAGUAUAUCCAGAAUGUUUUCAUUGCAAUAUAAAAUAAUUAUGAGAAUUAUGAACGA